AACCCGCAGACAACAUGGCGGCCGUGAGGAGCCUGCGAGUGUCCCUCCCGCCCCACAGCGGCUCCGAGUGCUCCGACUCAGAAUCGGACCGGGACCCGCGCGAGGCCGAGCCCAUGGAGGUGGAGGAGGGAGAGCUGGAGCCGGAGCCGGGGCCCGGGCCGGGGCCGGGGCCGGAGGACGUGUCGGUGAAGCGGUCUCUGAAGGAGCUUCUGCCGGACACGAGUCGCAGAUAUGAAAACAAGGCUGGAGCUUUCAUCACCGGGAUCGACGUCAACUCAAAGGAGGCCAUAGAGAAGAAGGAGAAGAGAGCUCAGCGUUUCCAUUUCCAGGCUGAGGAGAGCGCCCCCCAGAGGAACGUCUGCCUCGACAAGGACAGCAUCAAGAAAGCGAUCCCUCUUGUGCGUUUGGAGGCCCUGCACAUGUCGGGGGUGGAUGACAUGAGUACCCAGGAUGUGUUCGGGUACUUCAGAGAGUACCCGCCCGCUCACAUCGAGUGGAUCGACGACACGUCCUGUAACGUGGUUUGGUUGGACGAGGACACCUGCGUCCGAGCGCUCGUCAACACCAGCCGCAUGCCCCGCCCCUCAGACACUGUCCCCGCAGACCAGACGGACGCCGCAGACGACCAAUCAGAGAGCAGCAAAGGUACAGACAGCCAAUCAGAGAGCAGCAAAGGUACACUCAGCCAAUCAGAGAGCAGCAAAGGAUGCAGAGGUCAAAGGUCGGACGACGACGAUGAGGAGGAGGAUGAAGAAGAGGGGGAGGUGGAGGAGAAGAAGGAGACGACAGAGACCGUGACGGAGGGACAGCUCCAGGACCUGUCUGGAGCGGAGGUGGAGUCUCUGAUGAGGAAUGACCUGCGACCUGCCCUCAAACCUUUUAAAGGAAACAAACUGCUGCUGCGAUUCGCCACACACGACGAUAAAAAGGAGCCUGGAGCCGCUCGACGCAGCAGAUACUACAUGAAAUAUGGAAACCCCAACUACGGAGGCAUGAAGGGCAUCCUCAGCAACUCAUGGAAGCGUCGGUAUCAUAAUCGUCGGAUCCAGAGGGACGUCCUGAAGAGUAAAAAGCCUCUGAUCGGGGACAGUCUGGGCCACACCCCCCCGUACCCCCACAGGCACUCAGCGGAGCUGGUGAACCUCCCAGAGGAGCCCAUAAAGGAGGAGGAGGAGGACGAGGACGAAGACAUGGACUCGGACGACCGCGUGGUGGAGUACAGAGAGAGAGGGGAGAGAGAGAGGAGUGCGAGGGGCGCGGCGCACAGCCGAAGCCCCUCCUCCGGCUCCUCCUCCGGCUCUGAUGACAUGGACUACGACCUGGAGCUCAAGAUGAUCUCCACUCCCUCCCCCAAGAAGAGCAAGAAGAUGACCAUGUACGCAGACGAGCUGGACAGCCGCCUCAAGAGCAUCCGGAACCGUCUGGGCGGGGCAGCUCCUCAGAGGAAACCGUCGCCUCCGCCAAAAGUCACCGACGUGCGACAGCUGCUGGAGGAGAAGAGGCAGGGACAGAGGAGAGAGCACCCCCCGCAGGCGUCCACGGGGAAGACAGAUGUUCAUCACCGUUUGGGGAAGAGACGGCGCUCCACCUCCCCCCGCUCGCCAUCUCCUCCGCGGGACCCUCCCCCUGAGCGAGAGCCAAUCAGAGACGUGCACCGCAGACUGGGCGUGGCCAAAGACAGAAAGACGGGAGGUUUGUGGAGCCGUCUGGGUUCAUCCGAUGACGACUCUGCUCCUGUUCGUCGAGCGGCCUUCUCCACAUCCACCAGGGCGGCGACAGAGAAGCGCAAACCUCGGGCGCACAGACGGGACACAGAAGAAGAGGAAGAGGAGGAGGAGGAGCAGGAAGAGGACUCACAGCUGCAGCGUGUUUGGGGCGCCAUGAUUAAAAAGAAACAGUCCAGCCACAAAAACGUGAAGAAAAGUCGCCUGGACAACCUGCCCUCGCUCCAGAUCGAGAUCAGCCGCGACUCCACCGACGAGUCCGACAACUGACUCAGAGAGUACCCCAAAAGCAGGCAGAGAGAACCCCAAAGACCAGACAGAGAGAAGCUGAAAACGAGGCUGAGAGAACCCUGAAAACGAGGCUGAGAGAACCCUAAAAAACAGCUAGAGUACCUCAAAAAAACAGGCAAAGUGAUCCUCAAACCAGUCAGAGAGAGGCAGAUGGAGAGCUUGAGAAACAGGCAGAGAGUACCCUGAAAACAAAGAGGUCAAAGGUUCAUGUGGACCCGUGCGGAGGCUUCUGUCCGUCCUGUACCUGAGCCAACCACCGGGGGCAGUAGUGAACACAGAUAAAAACAAAGUGAUUAGAACAGUAAACGCUUCUCUCACCUCGUUUUCUUAACUCUGCCCCUCAAACGGGAUCUGAACGCUGCCGUGUGCGCCCUCUGUUGGUUGUUUAAGAGAACACAGCCGUGACAUUACAAACGUCUGGAGGUAUAAAUGCAGUUACGGUUGGAACGCACGAGUCUGUUUACGUACCAAAGGAGAACGUUAAUGAGCCUGGAAAAAACGAGACAGGACCCAAAGUGCACUCUGAAAGGAAUAUUUACAUGAAUUAAAAUGGCUUGAAUUCAGAAUAUUGAAGUUUUGACAGUAUUUAGUUGGAUUUUUGGACUUGCCGACUUAAUAAGUCACAAAUCUUUAUUACACAGACAGAUAAUUGUGCUUUAAAUAUGAAAAAAAUAAAUAAGACAGCAGUUUGUGAAAAAAUCAAGUCCAACAAAAUAAAUCUUCCGCAGCCAAAAUGACUCAGAUGUUGCCGGGCAAAUCUACACUGAAAUAUCUUUGUUUUAUACAGAGAGAUGAACCAAACGUGAUCGGCCAAUCAGAUGUGUUUAUUUCAGUGACUCGUGUGAAACUAAGGAGCUCAUUGGUCACAGAUAAUUUACAAACAAACGCACAUUUCUCCUCCUCAGAUGAACAGUUUAGUGUUUCUUUCACUGAUUUUGCAGCCAUCUUUUUCAGUCCCUGAGAUAUUUUCAUUCUUUUUUUUUUUUUUCCUCAUAAGCCGCCAUGUUUUGAUCCCUCUCCCUGAUUGGCUGAUCCAUCUGAAAAAGCAGAGCGUGAUCAGACUCACGUCUCCAGAAAUUAUUAUUCUGAAUUCAAGUCAUUUAAAUUUAUGCAGAAGUUCUGUUUUUGUUGUUAUUGUGCCUAGAAAUGGAGUGGACCAGAAAAAAAAUGAAAGUAAAUUACUCAAAAGAAAUGAAUUUUGGGAGAAACGAGACAUUCCAGAGACGAGCCGCCGCCGCCGCCGCAGACGCCAUUUUGGUCACGGGCAGGAAAGGGUUAAAUUUAAACACCAUAGAAACGUUUAAAAAUGUGACGCUAGGACAUGACGUCAACCGAGUUAAUGGUUUCAGACGCCGUGGUGGCUCCCCCUGGUGGCACAAUCCGUUACUGUUUUAAUUUAUAAUCGCACUUUUGAGGCGCCGCCGUGGAGCGUCAAACCCGAAAUGUGAUUAAAUGAGUGGACGCCAUAUCGAGGAAGCAGCAAGGAAUGAAUGAUUUGAGACAGUGUUUAUACAAGUUCACAGAAUCCGAAAAAAAUUUAAAAAAAUGGAUUUAGCGUGACGAGGCGGGGUUUGGCUGCGGACGCCGUGUGGGAGGAGUUUAAAGUCGCACAGAUUCAAAUGGCGUCUUUUCCAGUAUUUGAUGCAAUAAUAUUUCCUGUAUAAAUUGUUCAGCUACGUGAAGUUACAGGAAUUACACUGUUUUAACUUUUUUUUUUUUUUUGCUGCCUCCGAAUGAGCUCAUUUCAAACCGCAAGCAGCAAUGGUGGCCUGCGCUCCAUAGUCUAUGAAACGUGAUACUUGGUCAUAAUCUGCACGUUCCUCUGCCGAUCGUGCGUUUAUGCAUCUGUUAAACAAAAUGGCGUCUGUCAGAAGCGGCGUCUCCUGCGCUCAUCCUGCUUCCUGAUUGGUGGGAAAGGCUGGAGUCUGCUUCCUGAUUGGUGGAGCGCUCUCCGCUGAAGACACUGGACCAAUCCGCUCUCUGUUUGGUCUAAACGGCAAAACUUUGGACUGAUCCUGAUUUAGUUUGAAAUGAACUUUUGUGACGAGAAUCAGAACUUCCUGGAUUUGAGUCUCCACUUUGUAAAUAAAUUUUUUUUUUUG